CUCAAGAGCAGCAGAAAAUGAACAAAUCUUGGAUAAUGCAUUUUUUACAAACAAGGUUUGCGGCAACCCUGCAUUGAGCAAGUCGGCGCCGUUUUUCCAACAGCAUGUGCUCGCUUCAUGUCUCUGUGGCACAUUGUGGCAUCAGUGUCAUUCAAGGACGUAGCUGUGGAGCUGACCCAGGAGGAGUGGCAGCACAUGGGCCCUGCUCAGAGGACCCUGUACAGAGACGUGAUGUUGGAGAACUACAGCCACCUCAUCUCAGUGGGGUAUUGCAUUACCAAACCAGAGGUGAUCUUCCAGCUGGAACAAGGAGGAGAGCCCUGGUCCCUAAAGGAAGAAUUCCCAAACAAUAGCUACCCAGUACAUCAGGAAACUCACCUAGAAGAGAAACUCUACAAAUGUGGUGAAUUUGAUAAAUUUUUCUGCCAAAAUUCAGUCCUCAGUAUACAUCAGCAAAGUGACACAGGAGAGAGGUCCUUUGAAUGUGAUGAACGAAAGAAAUCCCUUUAUCAGAAAGCAAACCUCAUAAAGCAUCACAGGACCCACAUACAGAAGAAGCCCUAUGAAUGUAAGGAAUGUCGGGAAUUCUUUUGUUGGAAGUCACACUUAAUUCAACACAGUGGAACUCAUAUGGGGGUCAAAUUCUAUGAAUGUAAUGAAUGUGGGAAAGCUUUCUGCCAGAAGUCAAACCUCAGUGAGUAUCUAGGAAUCCACACAAGAGAGAAACAUUAUGAACAUAGUAAAGGUAGGAAAUCUUACAAGAAUUUAGCUCACAAAGAGCACCAGAAAAGAGACACAAAGAAGAGAUUCUGUAAAUGUAAUGAAUGUGAAAAAAUGCUCUUCCAGAAUUCAGCCUUCAGAGCACAUCAGAAAAUUCACACAGAGGAGAAACCAUAUGAAUGUAAUGAAUGUGGGAAGACCUUCUCCCAGAAGGCACACCUCAUUACACAUCAGAGAAUUCACACAAGGGAGAAACCCUACAAAUGUAAUGAGUGUGGGAGGUCUUUCUCCCAGAAGAUACACCUCAGUGCACAUCAGAGAACUCACACAGGGGAGAAACCCUACAAAUGUAAUGAAUGUGGGAGAUCUUUCUCCCAGAAGAAACACCUCAGUACACAUCAGAGAAUUCACACAGGGGAAAAACCCUAUGAAUGUAAGGAAUGUGGGAAAACUUUCUCCCAAAAGACGCACCUCAUUAUACAUCAGAGAGUCCAUACAGGGGAAAAGCCCUAUGAAUGUAAGGGAUGUGGGAAAACAUUUGCUGAUAAUUCAAGCCUCAGAGUACAUCAGAGAAUUCACAAAGGGGAGAGACCUUAUGAAUGUAAUGAGUGUGGGAAAACUUUCUAUAUGAAGGGGAAUCUCAUUACACACAUGCGACUUCAUACAGGGGAAAAACCCUAUGAAUGUAAAGAAUGUGGGAAAUCUUUCUCCCGCAAGGACCACUUCACUGCACAUCAGAGAAUUCACACAGGGGAGAAACCCUAUAAAUGUAAUGAAUGUGGGAGGUCUUUCUCCAGUGAGACAUACCUCAGUAACCAUCAUAGAAUUCACACAGGGGAGAAACCCUAUGAAUGUAAUGAAUGUGGGAAAUCUUUCUCCCAUAGGGCAAACCUCAGCACACAUCAGAGAAUUCACACAGGUGAGAAACCCUAUGAAUGUAAUGAAUGUGGGAAAGCUUUUGCCCGAAAUGACAGUCUUAUAGCACACCAGAGAAUUCACACAGGAGAGAAACCCUAUGAAUGUAAUGAAUGUGGGAGAGCUUUCUCUGUAAAGUCGUACCUCAUUUCACAUCAGAGAAUUCACACAGGAGAGAAGCCUUAUGAAUGUAAUGUAUGUGGGAAAGCUUUUGCCCAAAAUUCAAAUCUCAGAGUACACCAGAGAAUUCACACAGGAGAGAAAUCCUAUGAAUGUAAUGAAUGUGGGAAAACCUUCUGUCAGAAGCCAGGACUCAGAAUACAUCAGAGAAUUCACACAUGGGAAAAACCCUACGAAUGUAAUGGAUGUGGGAAAACUUCUGAUAAUUCUACCCUCAGAAAUCAUUGGCAGAUUCACAUGGGUAAACGUUAUGAAUGCAAUAAAUGUGGGAAAACUUGUGUGUGGAAGGCAUCCCUUAGAAUUCAUCGAAAUUCACACAAGAGAGAAACCUUCUGCAUAUAAGUCACGUUAUUAGAUAACUAUCAACGCCCAUGGAAGCAGCAGUCAGGAAAUCAAAUGACAUAUUGCACUGGGCAAAUCUGCUGCAGAAGACCUUUUUCAAGUGUUUUUAA